UAUAGACCUUACGGACCACCAUACAUUGUUUACAUAAAAGCGAGUCGACAUGAGAACAAAUUGGAGAGACUGCAAGGCUUGGAUUGACGCUGGACUUCCUCUGUCGACAACCAGCAAUGAAGCAUGCAAACUAUACGAUGCUUCCGUCACCCAGGCAAGUGGUAUGUAUGAUGAACCAUCCGUGGGAGGCUUGGAAGAGAGUACGAAGAAAAUGCUAGAGGCAGAUCCAAAAUUUGUAAUGGGCCACGUGUUUGCAAACAAUCUUUGUUUGGGAGGACCAGAAAAACCUUUACACCUGAAUACAGACCUGAAAACAAAAAUGGACACACUCAAUGCAUUGGUACAGGAAUCACAAAUAACAGACAGAGAGAGAAAGCACGUAAAUGCUUUAAAUGUGCAGGCUCAAGGAAAACAUUAUGCUGCUGUUAAACUGUGGGAGGAUAUUCUGGUUGACUAUCCAACGGAUCUGCUGGCAUCUAGACAAGCUUUCCUUGCGAUGAUUAACCUGGGAAUGCCUAAAGAAAACAAGGACAUAACUACGAGAGUACUUCCCAGUUACAAAAAAGACACACCUGGUUAUAGCAUCAUCCUGAGCUGGCAAGCAUUUUGUUUGGAAGAAAACAACUUCUAUGAUCUUGCCGAGAAAACAGCAAAGCGGUGUCUUGAAAUAGAACGACACGAAACUUACGCCACGCAUGCACUGUCACAUGUCUAUCUGAUGCAAGGUCAACAUGAGAAAGGUAUAGAGUUCAUCCUGUCAACAGAAAAUGAUUGGAGCCGUGCAUGUUAUUUGGCCUGCCAUAACUACUGGCAUCUCAGUUUAGCAUACGCAGAAAAGGGUGAUUUCAGUGAAGCUCUUGGGAUAUUUGAUACUCAGAUUGGACCAAGAACAAAAAAGUCUAAAAGCGAUUUCAACCUGACUGAUGCGACUGGAUUACUGUAUAGAUUGAAACUGGAAGGUGUAGAUGUUGGUAAUCGUUGGUCAGUAUUAGACGAAACUUGUGAUGUUUAUAUGUAUGCACAUGGACGAAUGUUCACAGAGGCAAACCUCCUUCUUUCAUGUUGUCAUAAUCAGGAUAAAAGUAAAAGAUACAAACUCCUUGAGUCUCUGAAGCAGUACGGAAAGAAUGAUCCAGAAGACUGGGACAGUAAGACGAUUGUAGCAGAAGUAGGAAUACCUCUGUGUGAGGGUAUCUUAGCCUUUGAAGAUGGCGAUUACAGUAAAGCUGUUGAUUUACUUUACCCUAUCCGAUAUGAAAUAAUAAAGAUUGGCGGAAGUGAUGCACAGAGAGAUGUUUUCUAUCAAUUAUUGAUCCACUCCACAUUAAGGUCUCCGAAACAGGAACACAAUAGAUUAGGCAGAAUGUUACUGAGGGAGCGCAGAGUUGCAAAAGAAAAUGAUUCCUGGACAGAUAGACUAUUGGCACAGUUUGUUACAAGUCAUACUACAUAAUAAUGAUAUUCUUUAAUAAGCUGAUGAAGUCUCCGUCAUUACUGUAGUCAUACGAAAAUGUAUGGGUAAAUAAUCAGAACAAAUACUUCUAUUUGCAGUAAAUACUCCAGAUUAAAAAUAUUUUUAAGAGA